AUGAGCGGCCAAAACGUGGAAAAGUGGCAGCAGGUGGCCGACCUCAUUGCGCAACUGGGGUUGAUGGGAGCGGACCAGCCGACGACAGCCGCCCAGGUCAACAGAAUGACCACGCAGCAGCUGCUGCAGGACCCAGUGCGAGCGGCCAUCUAUCGCCGGGGUUGGGAUGAUCGGACGGCAGACAUCCAGCGGACCCUGCAAUACCAGCCAAGGUCCACACGGUUGCCGCCGACCACAUCGGCGAGGCCGCCGACCAUUUCAGCGAGGCCGCCGACCGCACCAGCGAGGACGCCACAAACGGCAGGACGAUGGUCGUCACGGCCGCCAGCACCAAGGCCGCCACGACUGUCAGCGCCGAGGCCAAGACAGCCGAGGCCGGCAGCACCAACGGCGGCCGAGGUGGCAGCCGUACGGGUCCCCAACCCCGUGACGAUCCAGGAACCAGCACCGGUACCAGGACCGUCAGGGGCACCCGUCAUAUCGACGGUGAAGGAGCGGACGGAGGCACAACUGGAGCGGAACCGUAAAAAGUUCCGAAAGCUAAAGGAGAAGAUGAAGGCCCGGGGAGUCGUGGCAAGCCAGCAACACCGGCUAGCCAAGCACCCGAGGCCAGAAUCUGAUCCCGAGGCCCCCAGCCAACCUCCACCCGAACCGUCAACGUCGACAGCAAUGGAGGUGGACAUACCGGCGACCGAGGGCGAGACGCCCGAGGAGCCGGUGGCAACCACCAGCCAGGCGCAACCAAGCCAAGUCACCCGACCGGAGGCACCCUCCGAGGACGAUUGGCUAGCUGCGUCAGGUCUGUUGCUGGACGGGCUGCCGGAGAUGGAGGACGACAAACCGUUCUGCACUCCGAUUGGGUCACCAAACCAGUCCUAA